AUGCACUCGGGCGCCGGCUGCGUCGAGGUGGCGACGGCUGGAGAGGCCGUGCUGCGACGGGCUCAGAGGGCCCCCCGGCAGGAGGCACGGCUGGAGGCAGAGCCGUGCUCGGUGGUGGAGGGCGCGUCUCUCUCUCUCUCUCGUUCUCUCUCUGCCGACGCCGUUCCUUCUCGUGCCCGCGCCCCAUUGCGUGCCGGGCGAAUGGGGUGCUUUGCCGAGCCAGCUUUUCUGUGGCAUCGAGGUGCAGACGUUCGCGCUGGACUCCGAGCUCUCUCGGCCGAGGUGAUGGCGGCGCCGUGCGCCGCGCAGCUCACGGCGAAGCUGCCCAACCAGGAGGAGAGGGACAUCGACCAGAAGGUGUCGCAGCCAGUGUUGAUGGAGCAGUCGCAGAUCUCGGAACCCUUUGACGGCGGGUUGGAGGUCUCGGAGGCGGAUGAAGCAGAGCGUGGUCGAGUUGAUGCGGAUGAAGGUUCGGCGUUGCCGACACCUGCGGCCGUGCCGUGGGUGCCUUGCGGCCUGCCUCUGGGCCCUGGUGAAAGGCGCCUCUUCAGCCCCAUGUUCGCCAGCCACGAACUGCCCGCCGCCGUCGGCCAGAUGCUGGGCUCGGAUGCUGGGCUCCUCUGCGCUUCCGAGGACGAUGGCGAUGACCCGCCCGACGCCUUCGGUUUGGGAGGCUUCCGAUCCUGA